UUGGACGAGAUGGAGGAGGCCAAGGAGACUCUGCUCAGGCAGAAGCGUGUGCUACAGAAGGAGCUUGAGGAUGUCCAGCAGCAGAUGACUGAUGUACAGCGCAGCAGGAAUGAGCACAUUUCAGCCGAUCUGCCCUUAACUACAGAGCCAUGCUCACUUGGUACUCUUGGAUACCCCACUUAUGAAGACGUUGUUGUCUCUCCUACGAAGCACCUUGAUACCAUUCAGCGCUUUAUGACUUGA